AGAUUGCAAAGAUUGAGUUAGGCGAAAAGAAAAAUCGAAAAAUAGGCGCAUUUCACAAACCAAAGAAAAAAAAAGGACACAAUUUGACCUCGAACUCGAUACCUUGUAGCGGUCGACCCGGCUGGUGCGUGCGGCCCGUUUUUCUCAUCGGAUCAGGGUCAAAGUGGGUCGACCUGCGGGUUGACAACCUUGCUCUCAUCCAUGGUUGUCACGCCGGCCGGCGUGCCACCGGUUGAACCUGGUUCAACCGGUACCGGUCAUAAAACUGGCGUGACAUCACCGGUAUGACCGGCAUGAUCGAUAUAUGAAUCUUUAAGUAAAAUGACCUUAUUUUAGUGAAGUUAAUUGAUAAAAAUUAUUUUAUUAUUUAUUUUAUGAGUAUAAAAGUUAAAUAUUGAUGUUAUUUGUUGGAUUCAAGUACAAAUGUUUAGGUAUUGACGUUAAAUGUCAUCUUUAAAUAUGAGUAUUUAUAAUUUAAUUUGUGAUAUUGACCGGCAUGAACCGGCACAAACCGUUAUGUACCACCAGUCGAACCAUUCCACUUGCUAAACCGGCACACUGGCAUAAACCGGUUUGACAACCUUCCUCUCAUCCAACGAAAAGAGAGAAUCGGAUGUGCAGUAACAGACUAACAGGAGAUCCCUUCCCCUAGUUUCGCUGGAGUACGUGAUCGCCGGUGAUUGGCAAAGAAUGCCGGCUAGUACAGCUCUUAGCCGGUAACUUCGACCUCCAUACCGUACUUCCAGGCCUUCGACCUAAUCCUCUUUCUGUGCACCGUUUGAUUUUCAAGUACGGCUUCUUCCUCUAGCUUCGUGUUUGGCAUUUCCUGCUGUUAAUUUUUUUUUUUUUUGCCUUCCGAUUUUCUUGAACCCUUGACUUCACGGAAGCUCAGCCAGUGCUCUGGAUUCAGAAUCCUCUGACUUCAUCUUUGCAGCGACGACUCCUUGAUUUUUGCUUUCCGAUUCUUUCAAUAUGAUUCCUCAACUUCUUCGCUUUGCAUUCAACCUCUUAUGUUCCAAUUCUUUUUUACAAUUUGGUCCUCAAACUUUAUGAUUUUUUCUUUCUCCAGUCUCUGGUGUGAUGCCAUUGUUGUUUCCUGAUUAUAAAGACACAUUUGAGUAUUGGAAUAUGGAAGUUUUGCUUUCAGUUCUGGAAAUGAAUAUAUACUUUCCCUCGACUGUGUAAAGGAAUUUGAAGCUUACUCUGUAUCCAAGUAAUAGACCAGACUGAUAUAUAUUUCUCUAGCUAGAGCUAGACUGUUGUUCUUCUCAUACUCCAGGGCAAAAGCCUUCCCAUUUGAGAGGACAUCAGGCGUGUCUCUCCCAUACAAUUGGAGUAUGAGAUUGCAAUUUUCUUCGGUUUGCUUUAGUGUGAGAAUCUAUGUUGGAAGUCACUAGGAAGUAAUUUUACAUUUUUUUCCGUUUCUGACUUAUGCUAUCCUUCUGCAGAAAUGAACUUGUGGGAAGCUUUGACGACAAUGGCGGCUUUGCUGCUUCCCAUACUGAUUCUCCUCUGCAAGUGGCUAUUCCGAAGGUGGAGGUUCUCCAACGCUUCGAACAAUAACCCCCAACCACCAGAACCUGCUUGCACUGUUGAUUCUUCUGCUUUCGUGCCCCUUCCAACUGGGUACUACGAGGUCUUUUUGAGUUUUAGGGGUCCAGACACCCGCCUUGACAUCACCGAUGUCCUCUACCAUUUUCUUGUUCGCUCCAAAAUCCGCACAUUCAAACUUGAUGAGGAUCGUCGUGUGGGGGAAGACAUCUGGCCUAGUUUGGUUGAGGCCAUGAAGGAAUCCAAGAUUCAUGUUCCGAUUCUUUCGGAAAAUUAUGCUCAUAGUAAAUGGUGUCUCAAAGAGCUUGCUGAAAUGGUUGAGUGCCGUAAGCACGAUAAGGGGCACAUCAUUUUACCCAUUUUCUAUAAGGUAAACCCUAGAGACGUGCGGAAACAAAGUGGGGCGUAUGAAGAAGCAUUUAAGCGACACAAGAAGAAUGUUGAUGAUAAAACCAUACUGAUCUGGAAAAACGCUCUCAAGGAGGUUGGAGAAUUGAAAGGGUGGCAUGUAACGGACAAGGACGGGCAGGGAGCUAUAGCUGAUGAAGUUUUUGAAAACAUAUGGUCGCAUCUAAGUAACAAUUAUGAAUUAAUGACAGAUGAAUUGGUUGGAAUUGAUGGACACUUAAACGCAGUAGUUGAAAGAAUAGAUUUAAACUCUAAAGCUGUGACAACUGUUGGCAUUCAUGGCCUUGGUGGUAUCGGAAAGACCACUGUCGCAACUGUUGUCUACAAUAAAGUUUGUGCUCACUUCGAUCGCCACUGCUUUGUGGAAGAUGUAAGAGAAACUUUGCAACAGAGAGAUGGUAUCGUUGCUGUGCAAAAUAAGAUACUCUCUGGCAUUGUGGGAAAGGCAAGUCUUGUAUCUAAUGUUAGUGAAGGAAUCCACAUGAUAAGAGAUAGAGUUAGCCAUUACAAGGUUCUAAUUGUUCUUGAUGAUGUGGAUGACAAGUUCAAAUUUGAUGGCAUCUUGGGAAAGUCUGAAAACUUUGCUUCCGGGAGUAGGUUUAUUAUUACUUCUAGAAAUAUUAAGGUUUUGACUUUACUCAAAGGAUGUAGGCUAUAUGAAGUUGGAGCCAUGAGUUAUGAACACUCCUUUGAACUUUUCUGCAAGCAUGCAUUUAGAAAGGAUUCUGCUCCACGUGAUUAUGCAACUUUGUCUAAAGACAUUGUAUCCACAACAGGAGGACUUCCACUGACUAUUAAGGUUGUAGGAUCACUUCUAUUUAAAGAAGAUAAAGCAGUUUGGGAAGAAACAUUGUUGCGGUUAAAGGAAACACCAGAGUCAGAGGUCUUAGAGAGGUUAAAGAUAAGCUAUGAUGCACUGGAAUACGAGGCAAAACAGAUAUUUCUUGACAUUGCUUGUUUCUAUGUUGGAACAAAUAAAGAAAUAGCUUCUUAUAUGUGGAGUGAUUGUAAGUUAUAUCCAAUCAGUACUAUUAAUGUUCUCGUCCAGAGAUCCAUAAUCAAAAUCGGAGAGAAUAAUGCGUUUAAGAUGCAUGAUCAACUUAGAGACCUGGGUAAAUCAAUUAUCCGGGAAGAAGAUAUAGAACAUCCUUGGAUGAGAAGUAGAAUAUGGUCCAAAGAGGAUGCUUUUGAGCUGUUGCUUGGCAAAAAGGGAAGCAACAAAGUGAAAGCUCUUGAAGUACAAUCAUAUCCUCAUCAUCAGUUUACUGAUGAGCAUUUCCAGAAUUUGACUGAUCUGAGAUAUCUAAGUGGAACUUUUGUGGACCUUACGGGAGAUUUUGGCGACCUUCAGGAUCUAAGAUGGCUACAAUUUGAAAACUGUCGAGGUUCAGGUGAUGGCAUAACCAAUUUUCAGAUGAAUAAAUUGGUAAUUCUUGAUCUCAGGAAAAGUGUCAUAUCAGAUGACUGGGGAGGAUGGUACCACAUCAAGAUGGCAAAAAAGCUGAAAGUUCUGGAUCUCUCACAUUGCGGUUCCAUAACCAAACUUCCGGACCUCUCCGAAUAUGGGAACCUUGAGCAUUUAAAUCUUUGUGGAUUGAGAAGAACCAGUAGCAAUCAGGACCUGAACAUUGGCAUGUUAAUAAAGUUGAAGGUUUUGAAUCUCGAGAGUUGUAGGAUAAGGAGGAUAGUGGGGAGUAGCAUUGGAAUGCAUCAGGGGGUUCGGGAGCUGUAUAUCAGCUCGUGCAGUUGCGAUAACUUGGGAGAAUUUCUUGCCGACAUCGCAAAAUUGCCGUCUCUCAAGAUUUUUACAGCAAUGGGAGUUGAGUUAAAGGCAAGACUUGAGCUACCCAAAAGUUUGAAAGAGCUCCGUGCCUCGUUCACAUUAGUUGCUAACCUCGAGGACCUGACGGACUUGGAGAUGUUAAGAGUUCAAUCUUUGGCCGAUGUGAGGCUCGACUGGAGUAAGUUAUCCAAGCUGAAACUUUUGAUGCUGUAUAAGUCCAGCACUAAAACAAUGGGUCCUCACCAGUUCCCCCCAUCUCUGACCGAGCUUCGUAUCUCCAGUUUCCCAAUGCUGGAGAUGCUGCCAAAUCUAGACAACCUAGGAAAUUUGACACUGCUGUAUAUCUUCGACUGUCACAAGCUUCGAGAGAUUCAAGGACUUGGGGUAGGGAUGAAAUCCUUGCAAUCUCUGAACAUAUCUUCUGCCGAGAGUUUAAUGCAUCUUGAUGGCCUUGAAAACCUCUCUUCUUUGGUUGAUGUGGAAUUGGAAUCUUGCAAUGCUAUGGAGAGGCUGCUUCCCGUCACUUGUAACAACAAUCUAGCUGCUCUGAAGAGGCUAAGUAAGGUAAAGAUAAUGUCCUGCCCUCGUCUCACAGAGAUAUUCCGAGGCCUUGAUGAUGAAGCUGACAAUGGCCAAAAUGUAGUACUGGACUCUUUACGAGAUCUUGAAGUUUAUAGAUGCGAAUCGCUGCAGAUGGAGGGUUUACCUCAUCUAUCGAAGUUCCCGGGUCUUACAAAGUUGAAGCUCUGGGAUCUGAAGGGAAUGGUGAAGCUGGAAGGACUGGAUUCUCUUGAACAGCUGCAAGGACUACACUUGAGGGGCAUGCCAUCAGUUGAUAGAUUACCUAAUCUGUCAAAGCUUGGGAAACUUGAAUUUCUUGAAUUGCAGCAGAUGCUGAAUCUGCGUGAGUUUGAGGGCAUUGAUGAGUUGAAAUCAUUGCUACGGUUAGAGCUCAGGGGAUGCACGUCACUGGAGAGAUUAAUGGCAUCUGCUUUAGAGGAACUGCAGGAGCUGAUCAUAAUGGGAUGCACAUCACUGCAGAAUCUUAGCGUAGCUGGGUGUUCAAAGGUGGCCAAUCUUUACGUCUCCAAUUGCCCCAAGGUCCAUGCGAUUCAGGGCCUCGGGAGUGGGUUGAAAUCGCUGCGGUAUUUGUCAGCAGAAAGUUUGAUGCACCUCGAUGGCCUUGAAAACCUCCCAUCUUUGACCGACUUAAACCUUCGAUCUUGCAAUGCAAUGGAGAGACUGCUGCCCAUCAUGAAUCCAGCUGGUCUAAACCAACUCCAGAAAGUGGAGAUUGUGAAAUGCUCUCGUCUCAAGGAGAUAUUCCAGGGGCUUGAUCAUGAUGACGGCCUAGUGUUGUGCUCUUUGGAAGAACUGGUAGUUAAUGGUUGCAUAUCACUGGAAAGUUUGCCUCAUCUGUCAAAGUGCCCAAGUCUGAAGAAGUUGAAAAUCAUGGAUUCGAAGGGAUUAGUGAAGUUAAAUGGGCUGGAGUCUCUGCAACAGUUACAAGUACUGGUGUUGACUGGCUUGUCGGGUCUGCUUGAUGUUGAUGGCCUUAAGGAUUUGCUGUCGUUGGAACGACUGGCACUUGCUGGGUGCACGUCACUGGAGAGAUUGCCGGAUCUUUCUUGUUUGAAGAAUCUGAACUGGCUGAUUUUCACAGGAUGCACAUCACUGGAGAGUUUGCCAGAUCUGUCUUGCUUGAAGAAUCUGGAGAAGUUGGACCUCCGAGGAUGCUCGAAGUUGACUGAUCUUUCUGGUUUGCACAAGCUGCAGGGUGUAGAGAUACAAUGGCCAGAUGGACGAUUACCAGAAUGGUCCGGUCAUAGUGAGCCGCACACGCAGAGCUAUCCCUCCAUGUAUUGAGAGGGUCCUAUAUCAUUAGGUCUCCAUCUUACUCCUGCAACCAUCUUCAUCACUCCUUUCCGCUGCGAAUUCUAGGCUUUUCCACCGCAGAUUUGAGCUAACAGGUUACGUUCAACUCCUCUCCACAGUCCUUCAAGUCAUUCUUCUUAUAUUUGAUUCAUGUGAGCUUUCACUGUAAUUAUUUGUUUUACCUUGAACACGUAGGCAUUUCAAGUUGUAGAGGCGGAAGGUCCGUUUCCAUGUCUAUCUCAUCCACAUUUUCACAUAUACUCUAAACGAACAAAAAGCCAGCAGCAUCUGAUCUUAUUUCAAGCAUUCCUGUGUCUGGUAACACAAUAAUUUAUGUUAUUAUCUACGGUGGCUGUAUAUAUAGGUCUUAUUAAAUGAAUAGGACUUUGCCCUACUAAAAGAAAUUGUUCUUGAUUGUUUAGCAUAUCAUAGGGCAUCGACAAGAUGCUAAUGUUGUAUGUAAUGCACGUAGAUUAUAUUAUAUCCAUAACAUGGCAUCGAUUCAAUGAAACAUCAUAGAUGCU